UCAAGUUAAAUGUCAAGUUAACUCCUCACGAAGGCUACGACAGUAAUUUUGGUCCUCUUCGCUUUACAUAGGCUAUAGGGUAUCAGAAUGCAUUUGUGUGUGGCACAGGCAUCACUUGGCUAUCGCUUUGAUGGUCAACGAAAGAAGGUGCACUUCUGUAACAGGAGUGUUAAAGAGGUAUCACCAACACAUGUAUGUCAUAUUAAACACGACAAACCUAUUUGUUCAGCAAGUCAGUAGUAUAUACAGGGACGAGGACAAGUUCUCUUCAGCGGUGUGCUCGCUCCAGUGGGUUCUAAACCGGGGUUGCGGUGUGGUCUAACUCAGGAAUUUUGCGUGGAAUGUUGAGCUAGCCAAAUACCUCAGAAUACCCUAACGGACUUUUAGGCAAGGGUGUCUUCUCACAAACAUUAUGGUUUAUUUGAAAUUAGUGGGUCACGGGCGCGUUAGACUACGUCCAAACACUAUGUAUUCAUCAGACCCAUAUUUCUGACCGACUGUCAGACGCUUUCUGUUUCAUAAUUAAAGAGAACCAAAAGAUACCUUGAGAUAAGCCUGUUGUGCCAUGAUGUGCCGCAGGUAGUAACUGAAUUAUUGUCGGGUGUGUUCUAGUACGCUUUCGUACGUGUGCCCUUACCUCCCUUUACUCUGUUAGAUUUUUAUCUUUGUCGAGUGCUAACUACCCCGUUCUCUCCCUCUAGGUGUGCUAGUGCUGUGGAAUAUCGGGGAUUAAUAUUGGACACAAUCUGGAUUUUACUUGGCGGCCAAAAGCAUGCACUUUGUCAAGUCAGAUCAUCACUGGAGAGGAAAUUCCCUGUCACCGUGUCAUGCCACUUCGCCAGCGCCGUCGCUACUGUUUUGAUGGCUUGACACUUGUGAUUGUACUUUUUGUAUCCAUUUUAAAAGAAUAUUUUUAUUAGAGGAUCAGCAAUGAAUGUACUGAAGUGGAUUUCAAUCUGAUACUUUGAAACAUUUCACCAAGGCAAACCUGGGCCAAAGCUAAACAAGGACGGGACAAAAAAAGAAACACUACUCUCCGUUCAUAAAGAAAACAUGGCCUCAGUUUGGAAAAGACUGCAACGUGUGGGGAAACACGCGUCCAAAUUCCAAUUCGUUGCUUCCUACCAGGAACUCAUGGUGGAAUGCACAAAGAAAUGGCAACCGGACAAGCUGGUGGUGGUCUGGACUCGGCGCAGUCGACGGAAAUCCUCCAAGUCUCACAGCUGGCAGCCUGGCAUCAAGAACCCGUACCGAGGGGUGGUGGUGUGGCCCGUCCCGGAGAACAUCGAGAUCACGGUCACUCUGUUCAAGGACCCCCACGCAGAAGAGUUUGAGGACAAGGAGUGGACUUUUGUCAUUGAAAAUGAGUCUCCGUCGGGGCGUAGGAAGGCUCUGGCCACCAGCAGCAUCAACAUGAAGCAGUAUGCCAGUCCCAUGCCCACGCAGACCGACGUCAAGCUCAAGUUCAAGCCCCUGUCCAAGAAGGUUGUGGCCGCCACCCUGCAGUUCUCCCUCUCCUGCAUCUUCCUCAGGGAGGGCAAGGCCACUGACGAGGACAUGCAGAGCCUGGCCAGCCUGAUGAGCAUGAAGCAGGCCGACAUCGGCAACCUGGAUGACUUUGAGGAGGAGAACGAAGAGGACGAGGAGAAUCGGGUCAACCAGGAGGAGAAAGCAGCCAAGAUCACUGAGAUAGUAAACCAGUUGAAUGCCCUCAGCUGCUUAGAUGGGGAGUUCGACGACUACCCAAAGCAAGCAAAUAAGCCAUCGGCUAAAUCAGCCAGUUCCUCCGAAGAGCUGAUUAGCAAGCUGAACUUCAUGGAAGAGGAGGACCAGGAUCCCUCCAACAUGAGCACCAACCCCUUCGACGAUCCGGAAGAUCCCAACGACUUCAACCCCUUUGGGGACCCCGACGAGGAAGCUUUCCCCCCAUCAGAGCCACCUCCGCGGCCCACCUUCAGAUCCAGCCCGAAGGUGGAGGACUCCUACGACGAGGACCACAGCAACCCGUUCGAUGACCCUGACCCUGACCCUGAGCCGGAGCCGGAGCCGGAGCUCCAGGGAGGGGGGAACCCGUUUGAGGAAGGCGACGCAGAACCGGAGCAGGAACCGCAGCCACAGCACUCGCCGCCCCGACCCAGCAAGCGGAAGAACGUCCGGCCCGUGGACAUGAGCAAGUACCUCUACGCAGACACCUCCAAGGCCGACGAUGAGGAGCUGGAUGAGUCCAAUCCCUUCUAUGAGCCCAAGACCUCCAGCCCUGCCCAGUCCUCGCCUCCUUCCCCGGGCCGGACCAAGCGGCGGGCCCCCGCGCCCCCCAGUGUGGCCCCUCAGGCCCCAGCGCCAAAGACGGUCCCUCCGGAGAGGGCGACCAGCGGCCCUGCGCCACCCUUUGCUGCCGUGGUGGGGAGGGAGCUGGCCUCCUCCUCCUCCCCCAAGGUGAGGCUUCAGUCCUGUGCUGGAGAGGAGUUCUUUCUCUCUCUCUCACACACACACACACACACACACACACACACACACACACACACACACACA